AUGAUUGCCAAACACGCCAUUGAUAAAUUCAAGGAACUAUUGUGCCAAUGCGAGCUCAAGGACAUUAUUGGAAUACCCUCUUCGAAUAUGACCCACGAGCAAGCUCUCUCAUUGGGAAUUCCUCUCUCCGACCUCAAUUCUCACCCUGUUCUCGAUCUGGCAAUUGAUGGUGUUGAUGAGGUCGAUCCCUAUAUGAAUUUGGUAAAGGGACGAGGUGGGUUGUUGUUGAGAGAGAAGAUGAUUGAGGAUUGUUGCAAGAAAUUCAUUGUUAUUGUUGAUGAAUCGAAGUUGGUUAAGCAUUUGGAGGUAGUGGGAUUCUACUUUGCCUUUGGGUACAGCAGGCUGUUGUGCUCUCUUGUGGAGUGUCGUCUUGAGUUUCUUUCGAUAAUCUGA